AUGUACGGCAACCUGAAAGCUCUACAAGAGCUUAUCAAUUUGGGAUGUGACGUCAACCAGUCAACCUUCUCUGGUCGUACAGCACUCAUGGGAGCAGCACAAAUGGGCCAUAUUCACGUGGCUAAAUGUUUGCUCAGUUCCGGUUGCUCCUCAAAUGCAAGGUCUUUGAAGGGCGGCUCGGCGAUGCACUUCGCCGUAUGUCCCAUGAAUGAGCCUGCGGAUGACCCACCGGGUAUGAUUAGAGUACUACUUGCAGCGGGUGCCUCAGCGACGGCUGUGGAUCUACUCGGAAAUACGGCACUGCAUCUAUUGGAUGACUCGAGAUUCGGCAGCGAUGCAACGGGAACGAAAAUUCGCUUGCUUGUGGAAGCCGGAGCUGACAUUAACGCGCGGAAUAACGAUGGCGGAUCGGCAUUAUUCCGUGCGAUUCGCCGCAACCAACCACAGGUCGUAAGUUGCCUCCUCAACGCCGGCGCAGCGACAGAGAACUAUCGACAGCUAGGCGGUAGCCUCCUUCAUGAUGCAGCACUAUAUGCUGGCUUGGAAGUCCUGAGAUGUCUUGAGGGUAUGAAAACGUCUCGAAUGAAAGCAGAUGUGUUAGACGCUGAAGGGGACAGCCCCUGGGAUUGCUUCAUUUACGUCCUGAAACUUCCAGAGUGGGAGCUAGGCUCGCUUCGAAAGCCUGAACAGGAAGAGAAGGAAUAUUUUGUCUCACUAUACAGGACCAUCCGAGAUCGCGAUUUACAGCUUGACAUUGACAGGCUCGAAUGGACACGCCGCUAUCUCGUGGACAAGGACGCACGAGCAGCUAGCGCGCUGGAACAACUGGUUCAAGAAAACGAAACAUUGGGACAAUGGAGCUUGGUAAGAACAUUUAAAACAAUUGCCUUGCAAGUAAGAGAAAAGAUGUGGGACGCUGCGGUAGAAGCGGUGGAGGAGAAUAUAGAUCUCCUACAGGCGAGAAUGAAUCAAUCGCCGUGGCUUCAAACAUCGCGGUACGAUUACAUGGGUAGUAUGGAAUUGGACCACAAGAGAUGA